AUUUACUUCUUCUAAUCAAUAUGCCUACCUUAGAUGCUCCUGAAGAGAGGCUGAGAAAAUUUAAGUACCGAGGCAAAGAUGCAUCUGUGAGGCGGCAACAGCGGAUGACGGUAAGCCUCGAGCUUCGGAAGGCCAAGAAAGAUGAGCAGGCCUUAAAGAGAAGGAAUAUUACCAAUAUCUUUCCGGACCCAACUUCUGAAAAACCAGACAGAGGGAUAGCUGUCAGCCUUACUCUGGAUGAGAUAGUAAAAGGUGUGAAUGAUUCUGAUCCAGCCCUAUGUUUCCAGGCUACCCAGGCAGCCAGGAAAAUGCUAUCUCGGGAAAGGAAUCCCCCUCUAAAAUUGAUUAUUGAAGCAGGGCUCAUCCCCAGACUGGUGGAGUUCCUGAAGUCCUCACUUCACCCUUGUUUGCAGUUCGAGGCAGCCUGGGCUCUGACCAACAUUGCUUCAGGAACUUCAGAGCAGACUCGAGCUGUUGUGGAAGGGGGUGCCAUCCAGCCCUUGAUCAAGCUCCUAUCUUCCCCCAAUGUGACUGUGUGUGAACAGGCAGUGUGGGCUCUUGGUAAUAUAGCCGGUGAUGGCCCAGAGUUCAGAGACAUCAUUAUCUCAAGCAAUGCCAUCCCACAUCUGCUGGCCCUGGUUUCAUCAACCUUACCAAUCACAUUUCUGCGGAACAUCACAUGGACCUUGUCUAACCUGUGCCGAAACAAGAACCCGUACCCUUGUGAUAAAGCUGUGAAGCAGAUGCUACCAGUCCUUUCCUACCUUCUGCAGCACCAAGACAGUGAGAUUGUCUCAGACACCUGCUGGGCCCUGUCCUACCUCACCGAUGGCAGUAACGAGCGCAUUGGUCACGUGGUUGACAUGGGGGUCCUGCCCAGACUGGUAGAGCUCCUGGCUAGUUCAGAACUCAAUGUCUUGACCCCUUCUCUCCGCACCGUGGGAAACAUUGUCACGGGAACAGAUCACCAGACCCAAAUGGCUAUUGAUGCUGGCAUGCUGAGCCUGUUGCCCCAGCUCUUGGGACACCCCAAGCCCUCAAUCCAGAAGGAGGCAGCCUGGGCCCUAAGCAAUGUGGCCGCAGGGCCCUGCCAUCAUAUUCAGCAGCUGAUUUCUUAUGACAUGCUGCCCCCCUUGGUGGCUCUGCUAAAAAAUGGAGAUUUUAAAGUCCAAAAAGAGGCUGUUUGGGCAGUGGCUAACUUCACAACUGGGGCCACUGUAGACCAGUUGAUCCAGCUUGUCCACUCUGGAGUCUUGGAGCCACUGGUGAAACUGCUCACUGUCCAAGAUGUUAAAAUUGUUCUCAUCAUCCUCGAUGUCAUCUCUUAUAUCCUCCAGGUGUCAGAGAAACUGUCUGAGAAGGAAAACCUGUGUCUUUUGAUAGAAGAACUUGGUGGAAUCGAUAAAAUUGAAGCUUUACAGCUUCAUGAGAACCGUCAGAUUGGCCAACUUGCUCUGACUAUCAUCGAGAAACACUUUGGUGAGGAAGAAAAUGAUGACAUAAUUUUACCAGUCCAGGACCAAGAUUCUGAAUUCCUAAAAUAUUUUAGAAAAUAGCAAAGCUCCACAACUUCUAAACCAACAAUCAAAUGCUAAAGGAUCAUUUCUGUAAGA